GCCAUAUUUUUGGAAACUCGCGUAUUUGGCAGCAGUAUCAGUCGUACAAUCAGAACAUGCCUUCCUUCAGCAAUCUCAUCAAGCAGGCGUUUCCAGCAGUUAUAUACAGUCAUAAGGAAGUAUCAGGUCAAGGUCGUAUCUGUUUGCCAAAAAAAGCAAUAUGGAUCUACUCGAAGUGUUGUCCGUAGACUUGGGACAAUUCUUUCCUUAGAGCCUUACCCAAGACCUUAUUUUCAACUUGUUCAAGACCCAAGUCCAUUGGGUUAUGAUGAACAAAGCACAGCUCCAACUCCUGUAGCUCCAUCACUUGCUGAUGUCCUCUGGGUAGCAAAUGAUGAAGGACAAGCAUUUACCAGACUUAGGACUGAAUUAUGGAGAAAAGAAAAAACUACAGCUUAUCGUGACCUACAUCCAUCUACAGAUUCAAUACAAGGUGUUCCAAAAAACAGCACACAAAAAGACAGUCUUGUUGAUAAAGCAGCACUCCAGAAAAUUUCUGCACUCGAAGAUGAGCUAACCUUUCUUCGUGCUCAGAUUGCUGCGAUUGUUUCAGCGCAGACAUUGGGAGCCGUUCCGCCACAAGCCUUUAAAACAUUCAGCACUCCAGAUGGAUUUUACCCAGUGCCAGCCAUGACUUCUACGCCAUUGUCCGUCUCUCACAAUCACUUUGUAAUUCCCUCGCCUCCUCCACUUCCUUCUGGUGUACCAUCUGGUGUUGAUGCUAGUAAUUCGGCAAUUGAACUUAUAAAACAACGUCGUGCUGCAAGAAACAGUGGUUCAGCUACAGCUGAUAGUGCUGAGCAUCACAGGACAAAGAACAUUCCUAGUAUGAUGGAUGUUUUGAAAGACCUAAACAAAGUUCAGUUGCGAGCUAUUGAGAGGUCACCUGGAGGUACUCCUCUUUCUAGACCCAAAAAGAGGCAAAGUUCAGAUUGGGAUCCAGUUGCUUUGCUAACUCAUGCACUAAAGCAGAAAUUUGCACAUAAAAAUGAUGAUGAAGAUGAUUCACUGGACAAAGAAAAUCGAUCUUUUGAUAGCUCCCCAUUUUCUAGUCCAGAGAUCCCACUGGUUGGACACUGCACUCUGAAGCCAAAUGCAAAAUCUAACCUUGUAAGAACUGAUGAAGUUAAACAGAUAUCAACGUGGAAAGUGAAAGCACAUAUUUAA